UCCGUGUGAGCUUCACCAUAGCGUGAACGUAACCUUUCUCCUAUAAAUACGCUCCAAGCCCAGAACAAAGGUUUUCAAACCACAACACACCACACCAACUUCCAAAAAAACAACUCUUCAGCCAUGGAAUCAAAUCCCAAAAAUACAACCAAGCUCCUCUUUAGCUACGGCGGUAAAAUCCUCCCCCGCCACACCGACGGCAAGCUCCGUUACACCGGCGGCCAUACCAGAGUCCUCGCACUCUCUCUCCCCAUUUCUUACUCAGAGUUGAUGGUGAAGUUUUUUGAAUUAUGCGGUUCAUCAGUGACACUGAAGUGUCCUUUACCGAACGGAGAUUUAGAGACAUUGAUUUCAGUCACCAGCGACGAAGAUCUGGCAAAUAUAAUCGAUGAAUACGAUCGAGCUUCUUCGUCGUUACCUCAUCCAUUGAAGAUCAGAGCUAUUCUUUCACCUCCCAAAUCUCUCAAGAAAGUAUCUCCUCCACAAUCUUCUUCGUCCAGCGCAACAUACUCUCCCUCUGGUUCGCUUUACGCGUCUGCCGAAUCACUACCGUAUGCGGCUGUGAAUCGGCUGAAUUGCUCGCCGGUUUCUCUAGGGUUUCCGAUUGGUAUUCCAGAUAGGGCGGUGAAAGGUGGAUGUUACACGGGGAAAUUACAUGGAAGCCCUAGAUUGCUUUAUCGCUACAGUAAUAAUUAUUGUCAAUGAGGCAGGGUUAUAUUGGGGAGUACAAGAAUAUACAGAAGCAGUAGAUAUUAGUCGAUGAUGAUGAAAAAUACGAAAGAUUGGUCUCGAUCUGUUGUAGAGUGUAAAUAGCAAAAAGUGAAUUGUAAUAGAGCUUGGGCUUCUGUUUUUUUAUCUGCUUGAGCUUUUUAAAACACAAAUCAGAGUCUUGCUCUGUUUUCCAUGUAUUUUUGUAAAAAUAUAAAGCUUGAAAUGGUUGCCAAUGGAGAUUCA